AUGGCGGUAGGUGUCGACGCCGGCACGGUUAAGGAUAAUGAAGUAAUAACUAUUCAUCAGAUGGAGCUGCAAGAGCAAGUGUUCUUGGGCAAAGUAAUAAAUAUAGUGAAAGACGGGCGCGUGCUAGUAAAUGUCAUAAACAUAUCUGAUGAGGAAAAAAUGAUACAACCGGUGUCGCUAAGUCAAAUAAAAUAUGAAAUUUAUAGAGAGGAGUCAGUCAUGCAUAUAAACAUUAAUAAAAACGAAAACUUGUCAAACUAUUCAGAAAGGGUAUAUACAAAAAUUAAAGAAUGA